AUGGCCACCUACAGAGGAUGUACCGCUCUUCCAAUCGCCACCGUCGUCUCCGUCUCCAACAACAUCCCCAUGCUCAUGCGCCGCAASGAAAUCAAAGACUACGGAAAUUCCAAAGCUAUUGAAGGAAUCUUCGAGAAGGAUCAGACUUGUCUCAUAAUCAAAGAUCUUGUGACCAGUGGCGCGUCGGUUCUCGAGACGGCGGCUACGCUUCGUGCGGUUYGGUUAAAGGUUAGUGACACGGUGAUUCUGAUUGAAAGGCAACAAGGUGGUACGGAGAAUCUGGCGGAGAAUGGGAUUAAGCUUCAUUCGAUGAUUAUGUUGACGGAUAUCAAUCAUAAAGACUCAGAGAKGAUAAGAAGAGGCUACGAAGAAUAG